UCUAGGAUGCCUCAUAAAGGCCCAUGGUGUACUUUCUGUCUGCUCCACAUAGCUCCCCAUUUGUGGUUUCUGUUAAUAUGCAUACAGCUAAAUGGAUGGCCAAAAUCAAAGCUAUCUACUGUGACACCCAAUGAGAAAUGCUUUUGUCUACAGGAAAACAUAGAUCCUGAUGCCGGACAUGAGCACAGGACGGGCCGAAGGAGAAAGUGGAAGGAAGGCGGCUUCUCUCUCAGCCUCAUCCUCCUGGACCUGUAUGCUAGAGUCAUGAGGUGCUUUAUAGCACUCUACGUGAGGAGGGAAAGAUGGUGCCCAACAUAUGGAGGCCACGCUAGGUCUCGUGUGAAACCCAUGAGGAGAGUCUUUCUCUCUUGCUGGCUUUGAAGGAGCAAGUUGCCUUGUGAAGAAGGCCAUAUAGCAUAGGAGCUGAAGGCAGCCUCCAACAGGUAGCAAGAAAAUGAGGUCCUCAGUCUAACAACCUGCAAGAAACUCAAUGCCCUAAAAGCCAUGUGAGCUUGGGAGCAGAUCUUACUCCAGCCAAAUCUCUGAAGCCCACAGGCAGGAAAUGAAGAUCAGAAAAAGGCUAUUGUCUCAUGAAUAUGAGCCAGACUCCACAGAAGCUGGAGUCCUUCAUCAUGGAAUUAAACACAUACACCUGGCUUACGAGUCAGAAAAACUGAAAGAGAAUUUAGGGAAGCAGAGCAAUUGCAAGCCCAGAUCCUGCUUCAAGCAAGUCAGCAGAUUGGCAACAGUGUGUGUCAGCUUCAAAAUGCCUUAUGCAGGUACCAAAACAAGACAUGAUAUACACUUACGUAGUCAAAUACUUUAAAACUGUUAACAAACUUGGUGCAAUUGUCUCAUUUGUCUUUUAACCUUAAUAUCACAGGUCAAGUUUAUAAUCUCAGAAGUUUACUCUGGAUGAACUCACAAAAGUUCAACCAGAGCGAACUUUUACAUUGUGCUUAUUUCUUCAUCAGUUAAUGGAAACUUGGGUUGUUUCCUCGUUUUGACCGUAAUGAAUAAGUUGCUGUAAACAUUCAUGUAAAGUUUUAUGUGGACAUUCUUUUCUUUCUCUUGGGUAGAGUCCUAUGAGUGGAAUCACUAGAGUGUAUCGUAAAGGUACGUUUAACUUUUAAAGAAACUGUCAAACUGUUUUCUAACAUGAACAGGCCAUUUUACAUUCUUAUCAGCAACAUAUUAGGGUUUCAGUUUU